AUGAGCACCUUCUCGCCUGCUGUGAGGCGGCAAUUGCUGCAGGGCGCCAGGCUCGCAGCCAGACAAGGACCGUACAGAUGUUUUUCCAGCUCGGUGCGACAUGCAGAGCAGCCAGCGACGAAGGCGCCACAGCCGGAGGAUAACCCUCCUAGGACGACUCACUUUGGCUUCGAGACGGUAUCAGAGUCGUUAAAGGAGUCGCGAGUCGGCGCCGUCUUCUCCUCCGUCGCCUCCUCCUACGACACCAUGAACGACCUCAUGUCCCUUGGGAUCCACCGCCUCUGGAAAGACCACUUCGUGCGCUCCCUCAAUCCUGGCACCAACCCCCUCACAUCCUCCACCUCCGCGCCCGCCCAAGGCUGGAACAUCCUCGACAUCGCCGGCGGCACCGGAGACAUCGCGUUCCGGAUGCUGGACCACGCCUCUAACAUCCACAACGACUACAUGACGCGCGUGACCGUCGCGGACAUAAAUUCCGAUAUGCUGGCUGAGGGACGCAAGCGCUCGCUCGGGACGAGCUAUGCCAAGGGCGACAGGCUGAAGUUUGUGGAGGCGAAUGCGGAGAAGUUGGAUAUGAUACCGAGCAACAGCGUCGACCUAUAUACCGUCGCGUUCGGCAUACGGAACUUUACCAACAAGGAUACUGCGCUCAGAGAAGCUUUCCGGGUGCUGAAGCCUGGUGGUGUGUUCGCUUGUCUGGAGUUCAGCAAGGUUAAUAACGGCUUGUUCAAUGAGGUGUACAAGCGGUGGAGCUUUGGCGCCAUACCCUUAAUUGGGCAGCUAGUGGCCGGUGACAGGGCGAGCUACCAGUAUCUGGUGGAGAGCAUCGAGAAGUUCCCGAGUCAGGAGGAGUUCAGAGAUAUGAUCAAGGAUGCUGGAUUCGUCGUACCAGGAAAGGGGUGGGAGGAUCUGACGGGUGGGAUUGCAGCGAUACACAAAGGCGUUAAGCCUGUGGAAAGAGCAUAG